GUCUGCCAUGACCGUCCUCUACAAUACGAGACUGUAUUCUUUGUACCUCCCCUUUCUCGCCCUCAGUCUGUGCAUCCCAGCCUCCCUUCCUAGAUAUCCAUCCCACACCUCUCCACCCGCAAACGGUGAGAAAGCGAGGGAGAGAGAGAGAGAGAGCGAGCGAGCGAGCGAGCGAGAGAACAGUUUCAAACACGUCGACAUAAAUCUCACUUCUAGAGCUCCCCUUUUUUCCUCCUUUCCCUCCUGACGGACUUCAUUACUUUAUUCCUCUGCGCGCCAAUGCCCGAGACCACGCAGAAACGGAGGAUUUUUUUCCCUUGAGCAUGAAAAGGAUUGCCAAAUCAUCCGCAAUCCAACAUCACCGACUGAGCCACCAGCAUGAGCACUGGAUACAUAUGCUCCAGCAGAAGUUGUUGGCCAGAGAACUAAGAAAUCUUGGACCACAGAUACAGCUAAGAGGGGAGAGUCAGUUUUAGAGCAAAGCGGUUGGUCGGAGGAGGGAACUCUUGCCAACGUCUCGUGAUUAGCUGUUCGUCAGAGGGGGUGAAUUCGAAGAUCAAAUUGGAAAGGAAACGAGGUCUCCACAUAAUGGAGCGAGAAUGAACAGAGAGCGGCUUAAAAAAAAGCAUGAACUGGAGGUUUAUUGAGGUCAUCUGCUUCCUGUUUAUAUGGGACCAUAUAACAGUUCAGUCUUCCCGCCAGGACCCGUUGGCCACUGAACAACAUGUCACCAAGCAAUAUGACUGGCUCAUCUCUGACCGUGGACCUUUCCACCACUCUCGGAGUUAUCUGUCCUUUGUGGAAAGAUUCCGCCAAGGAUUUACGACCAGAUAUAAAAUUUAUAGGGAAUUUGCACGUUGGAAGGUGAGGAACACAGCGAUCGAGAGAAGGGACCUCAUCCGGAACCCUGUGCCACUCAUGCCUGAGUUCCAGCGCAGCGUACGCUUGCUGGGCCGCAGACCCACCACUCAGCAGUUCAUUGACACUAUCAUUAAGAAAUAUGGAACCCACAUUCUCAUCUCAGCCACCCUGGGAGGAGAGGAGGCUCUGACUAUGUACCUGGCCAAAAACAAGCUGGACAGGAAGCUUGCCAACGCUACUCAGAAUGUGGAAGCCCUUCAUCAGCUGGCAUCGUCCUACUUCAUUGACCGUGACGGCACAAUGAGGAAGCUGCAUGAGAUCCAGAUUUCCACCAACGCCAUCAAGGUGACAGAGACACGGACGGGGCCACUGGGAUGCAGUAGCUAUGACAAUCUGGACUCAGUUAGCUCAAUCCUCCUGCAGAGCCCUGAGAGCAAGCUUCAUCUGCAAGGUCUUCAAGUCAUUUUCCCAGAGUACCUGCAAGAGAAAUUUGUCCAGUCAGCUCUGAGCUACAUUAUGUGCAACGGAGAGGGGGAGUACGUGUGCCAUAACAACCAGUGCAUCUGUCAGUGUGCCGAAGAGUAUCCCCAAUGCAACUGUCCCAUCACCGACAUCCAGAUCAUGGAGAACACCCUGCUGGGGAUGUCUGAGUCGUGGGCAUCCUCUUAUAAAGACUUUGAAAACUCUGACGAGUUCAAGUCCUUCCUGAAGAGGCUGCCCUCCACUCAUUUCCUGCCGAUCAGCAGUGUGCACCUUCUGUGGGGCAGUGACUGGGACCUGCAGUCCCGCUACAGGCUCCUUCAGAGUUCCCUGGAGAUCCAGCGCCUCAAGAUCCAGCGCACCGCUCGCAAGCUCUUUGGUCUCAGUAUCCGUUGUCACCACAAUCCCAACCACCAGAUGCCUAGGGAGAGAUCUGUGAUGCAGUGGCUCAACAGGGUUCAGUCCUUCCUGUACUGCAAUGAGAAUGGGUUUUGGGGGACCUUCCUGGAGAGCCAAAGGACAUGUGUGUGCCAUACAGGUGUCACACUGUGCCAACGUCCCAUCCCAUGUGUCAUAGGGGGCAACAACAGCUGUGCCAUGUGCAGUCUGGCCAACAUCUCGCAAUGUGGCUCCUGUAACAAGGGCUACAAGUUGUACCGUGGUCGCUGUGAGCCCCAGAAUGUGGACUCAGAACGUAGUGAGCAGUUCAUCAGCUUUGAAACUGAUCUAGACUUUCAGGACCUGGAACUGAAAUAUCUGUUGCAGAAAAUGGAUUCGCGAUUGUACAUUCACACCACUUUCAUCAGUAACGAAAUCCGACUAGAGACAUUCUUUGACCCACGAUGGCGCAAACGCAUGUCCCUGACUCUCAAAAGUAACAAAAACCGGAUGGACUACCUCCACAUGAUAAUCGGUUUGUCAAUGAAGAUCUGCCAGAUGCGAAACAGCAGCAUUGACCCCAUGUUUUUUGUCUAUGUCAACCCAUUCAGUGGUAGCCACUCAGAAGGCUGGAGCAUGCCCUUCGGGGAGCACGGUUACCCACGCUGGGAAAAAGUACGACUGCAGAACUCACAGUGCUUUAACUGGACUCUCCUGCUGGGCAACAGGUGGAAGACCUUCUUUGAGACGGUGCACAUUUACCUGCGCAGCCGUGCAAAGAUCCCAACUGGCCUCCGCAAUGAUACAGGACAGGGCCCGGUAGAUCUUGCAGACCCUAACAAGCGUCAGAUCUACAUAAAAAUCUCUGACAUCCAAGUGUUCGGCUACAGCCUGCGCUUUAACGCUGACCUGCUUCGUAGUGCUGUGCAGCAGGUUAACCAGUCAUACACGCAAGGGACUCAGUUCUACUCAUCCUCAUCUGUUAUGCUUCUGUUACUGGAUAUUAGGGAUCGGAUUAACCGACUAGCGCCUCCAUCUGCACCCGGUAAACCCCAGCUGGACCUGUUCUCCUGUAUGCUAAAGCAUAGGCUCAAGCUCAACAACAGCGAGAUGAUUCGAGUGAAUCAUGCCUUGGACAUGUACAGCACAGAGAUACUAAAACAAUCAGAUCACCUGACUGCUAAACUCUGUUGAACGUAACAUUAACACAAGGACAGCAAACUAAACCGGAACGCCCAACAAAUGAACUAAGAGGGGAUAUUAAUCUAAUUUUUUUUUCUCUUUUUCAUUUUUUGACCUUUUCUGCCUUUUGAUGUAAUAUUAACUUUGUAAGCAUAAUUCUUAAAGAGAAAAAAAAAAGGAAAAGGCAGUGAUGAAAAGCUUUUCUGGCAGAUAAAGAAGAUUAAUGGAACCACUAUAAGGACUGUAUCAUAUUUGUCCCAGCAUGUCUGUAAUUCCCUAAAAUAAUUUAAAAGAGAGAGAGAGGAAAAAAAUAAUUUAAUCAAUGUACUGGUGAAAAAGAGGCCUUGAUUUUACUCUGAGGGAUCAAAGGUUAUAUCUGAAACUGCCAUUGUUUAUUGAAAAGAAAAAAAAAACAUUUUUAAAGGAAUAAUGAUACAACACAAGGGCAGACCAGAUAUCAUUUUAUUUCAGCUCAAAUAUUUCAGACGUAAUGGACAGUUUAAUAUUAAAAAAUGUUUAUACAUUGUAAGGAUUAAAUAGCCCUAGUGAGUAAGUAGUCAACACAUUACUUCUAGACUCUUUAUUACAUUUCAGACCCACAGUGAAUCUGCAUCGCUCUUUGUGAGUAAUGAGGCACUCUAUCAUUGUUCUGACACGUAAGGCACACAGCAGGGCAGUAAUGGAUAGUCAUGUCAAAUAACAAAAGCCAGCUGUUUAUAUAUAUACAUAUAUAUGUGGGUGAAUGUGUCUGUGUGUGUGAGUGUGCGCGCGCGCGUGUGUGUGUGUGUGUGUAUACCUUUUUUUGGCUUGAUGCUUAUUGCUGUUUGUUAAUUGAAUGUGUCAUUUGAGAUUGACUCCAGUCUUUGCUAAAUCUUGCAUUUGGAGCGCUUCUUCCCGUGUUUGAAAUUCAAGCUGUGUUUUUCACAAGGCAGUACCUCCUGGUGCGUGAGUGCAAUAUUGUGGUCUGAAGAUUUAACAAUCAAUGCUAUUUUGUACAGCUUUGCAAAAUGUACAUGUUGUGACUGCUGAUUUGUGGAGCUUUUCAGCACCAAGAGCAAAAUGUAAACAUUCAUCGUUCAGGCACAUUUGCGAGACAACUUAAAGCCAUACACUUCCCUGAGGUAGACAUACAGUAAGGCAUAAAGUCCAUCCCCACUUCACCUUCUUCAUAACACUGAAACAAACAAAAAAAUUGUUUCAUUUGUAUGUUUUUGUUUUAUUCUCUCAGAUGAUUUCAGAUAAGAGCACAGCUAAAAGGAAAGUGACAAGAAAAGGCAUAUUAUGUUGAAUAAGACCGUGUUGUAAAGCCAUUGAAUUUCUAUGUUGUGCUACAGGAAAAAAAAAUUAAUAAAAAUAAAAAGAAGAAAUGGUUAUAUUAAAGCUUAAAAUACCUUUUUGGCAGUGUUUAACCUGUAAGCUUUUUAUGACCACGUGUAAAAAUGUCUGUUUUUUUUCUUUUGAGAUAUGAAAUUUAACUUUUUUUUUUUUGCAUGUUGCUGGAAGCAUCGACAGAGCUGCAACUUUGUUUAACACUUUCAAUCAUCAAACUGAAAUAUGAAACACUACCUAUGUAUUGAUGGUCACACUUUAUUUGGUUAAUCCAAUGCUGAAACAUUUCUAUAACUGAUGACGUUUUGUACUGUAGGUCCAGUCAUUUAUGUGGAUGUUUGUUAACAACAACGAAGACAAGGUCACUCAUGUUGUACAACCGAGUUGUUCUGGCCAUUUUUGGGGGUUCAAAAUUCGCAAAAAAAAAAAAAAAAAAUGCUGCCGUGUCACCCAAAUUGGAAUAACUUUCCUUGAAGUAUAAAAAGCUAUCGGCCCAAUUGCAAGCUUUUCUAAUAACAUCUAAAAUUCUACACUUUCCCGUUUGUUGUAAUUGUUUGGGGUUUUUUGCUUUAUGUCUGUUAUUGUCUUUAUGUAGAUAGUUUGGUUUAUUGCUGUUUUUAUUCAUUUUGUGUUCUUCAAAAUAAUUGUUAUUCUUUUGCAUUGUGAUGAGAACUGUCUAGUGGGGUCAGCUUGAAAUGCAGGUAUAUAGUUUAUGUUGGGACAAUGAUGAUGGGUUGCAAGUUAAAAGUUGGUGGGAACAACAAUCAAACUGGAACUAAACUGAAUGAAACUGGCACAAAAACUUUGUGAAAAAUAGUUUUUGUUGCUUCUGAUUUCAGUUUGUCCAGAAUUAUAAUGGUGAUUGUCUCUAGAUGUGCAUCCCUGUCAGACUGGGGUCAGGACUUGGUGUUGCUGUGGUUAUCCUAAUAGUUUAUUUGUUUGUUGUCUGUUUGUGAAGCACUUUUACUUUUUGAGAGGUGCUCUAUAAAUAGCAACUUAUCCACUUAUAGGAAGAAUUGAUUUCCAAUGCAUGGAUUAAGAACAACAAGGCUCAGCUUGUCAGGCUCAGCUCAGUGUUGGAAUUAAUCUCACAUUCAUCAGGGCUGAAUCAUCUAAAAGUGGUUAGCCCUAUUUAAAAAUGCCAAGUUGUGAAGUUCUGGCUUUUUAGUAUGUUAGUGUCCGCAUGGUAACACUUUCACAAAUCUGUUAAUAUUACCAUCGCAACAUUUGCAUGCUAAUGGAAAAACCUAGAUUAAUUAAAGUUAAUUUAAACAGGGGUGAGUCUGACAAACUGAAGGCAAGCUAUACUAGCCUGAGAAGUCCUGAAAUGUCCAGAAUCCUACAGAGAUGCAGUAAAAAAAAGGAACCGAUACUUGUCUAUUGACUUGAUUGUUCAGCAUCAAUAUUGGACUACCCAAAUGAAUUGUUACCAAAUUAUUAUUAUUAUGAUUAUUUUUCAGAUUUAUUAUUAUGAUUAUUAUUAUUAAGUGCCUGUUAUCUAUCCCUUUAACAUGUUUAGAGCUGGAGAAAACUUUUAGAUGUUACAAAGAAGAGUGACACUGAAUUAGCUUCAGAAUUUAAGACCUUAAAUGUCGAUCAAAUAUACUCUUUUCAUCUCCUCCCGAGAACUACACCUCCAAGGAGGGUUUGUGCAUGUGGGGAAAUCGACCACCAGAGACAACGGAUGACUUACUUCAAGUAAUGGUGGAUAUUUUCUGUCCCCUGUUGUACAGUAUAACUGUAAAUAUUAAUUCUGUUACAGUAACAAUGCUCUGCUACAGUAACGAUAUUAUAAAAAUAUAACAGUAUUAAAAGGGAAUACAAAGACUACUUCAAAAAAGCCCUCCAUUUGAGUACAUUAGCACAAAAUACAGGGCACCCAUGUCUUAUGUAUCUAAUUAGAUUCAUGACCAUUUAUGACUGUUUUUAUAUUGUCAAAACAUACUGUAUAUUACAAUUUAGUUUUGAGCCACUUGCAAGGUCCAUAAAACAAGCACAUUUACUCGUAUGGCAUUAUGCUACCACAGUGUUGCUUACUGUACAUGUAUCCAUGGAAAUGUCUGAAGAUUUUACACCUAAUACCUUGCCUAUGUACUUUUUUUGCUAUUUUGUUGGGAUCAUUAUAUCAGCUUAUUUUAAAUGAAUGUUUCAUAUAAUAAUCUAUUUCUCAUUAAAAUGCUAUAUUUAAUAAGAAGA